ACUAAACGGGAUCCUCCAGUUUGAAGGACGUCCGACUCAGAAAUAAAAAUCCUUUUUGAAGACAAUUUAGAUUUAUUUUUAUUAUUUUAAAUUCACAGAUUGGAUAUUUUUUUAGAUUUAUUUUAUUCACCUCAACGGAGGGAUUUGAAACCGAUCAGGAGGGUUAAUGGAUCGAUAGGAUCAACUGGAUCUGGAUCUGCUGCUGACCAGUGAGGGCGUUUCUCUGCUCCUCCUCUUGCUUCCAGCAUAAAGCCACGUUGUUCGGUGUUCAGGAAAUCAUCCAAGACUGCACAACCAUCUCCAAAAGCACAGGUAACAUGUUCUAUAUAAUAACUUCAUCUUUUAUUUGGCUUUGCAAGUUUUAAUAAUUGUUGCAUAAAAUGCCUUGAAGUUUUCACAUUUUGUCACAAAUUUCUGUGGGUUUUAUUCAGAUGUUUUUGUGUUUAAACUGCUGGUCAGUAAUUGCUUGGUCUGUAAUAAUUACUAACGUUUCAAUCAACAACUAUUUAACAACAUUUUCAAUUCAGAAGACCAUCUUUACACUAAAUUAUUGAAUAAAUAGACAUUUGAGCUAUAUUUAUUGUUUUUAAAUCUGUUGUUUAGGUUAUUCUGUUGUCAGAUUGGGGCAAAGUGCUAUUAUGUGUUUCUGAUCAUUCAUGCAACUUCUUUGGGAAAAUACUUUAGAAAUGACGGAUAAGGACGUCUGUUUGCACAAACCUGUUUAGCACUGAGAUGCUACUUUAGGCUUGAAUAGCUUCGAUGAUAUGCUAACUCCUUUUAGCACAACGUGAACCCAACAAUAGUCUUUCCCGGCGUCCCAUCAGAUAAUUGUUGAAGCAGAAAUUAACCCCCAGUUAGCGAAGUACUACUUUACUACUUACUUUACUUUCACAACACCCUGAAUUGUCCGCCAGCAGUGACAGCUUAGCAGACAAUAAAUCAUCAAAGGUAUUGCUUUGCUAUAUUUAUGUGAUUUUUAUUUAUUUAUUUUCAAACACACAAGCUGGAAAUUCGAAACUUUUUUUCCAUUUAAGGAUAAAUCAGGAAUGUUUGGUGGAAUACUGAAGCGAUCGCCCCGACCAGGACAAACCCGCAGGCCGUCUCAGGAUCUUCCGGAUCUUUCAGCUCAUGAUAAAAACCACUCUGAAAGCACCAACAUGAAGGAGUCAGCAGGGAAGGUGACAAAGUCUCCUAAAUUCAACGGGAUGAGAGCAGCGUCGAAGGAAGAUUUGUCUGCACAAAGCGAGCUGUCGAAAAGCAACGACAGUCUUUCCAAGACCAAAGAGCCAAGCGGGUUUGGUGCCAUCUUUAAAAACCCUUUUGGAGCAAGAGCGCCAUCUCAGGAGGAUUUAUCAGCAGCCAGUGAGGUUUCUGAAAGCAGUGAGAAUCUCUCUGAGAACCACACAGAGGAAACAGGAUUCUUUGGUGGCAUGUUCAAGAAAAAAGUUGCAAGCUCCCAGUCUCAGAAGGACACUGAGGACACGCAGACCUCUGCGGAGAACGGGAAGCAGUCGCAAAACAAGGCGGAUCUGGUCAAGAGUAAUUUGAUCCAGGCAGAAGGGAAGGAAAAGGGUGAAACUCCUCCAGUCCUACGCAGACCGAGAGCAGAGGCGAUGAAGACGACAUCCAUGCAUGAGAUGGAAAAACCAAAACCAGAGGAGAAGAAGGAAAAACUCCCUAGAGAGAAGAAAGGAAAACCUUCAGACCCUCCCGUUGUUCCACCCAGACCAUCAGAGGAGGAAAUGAGCAAAACUGUCAGACAUCGCAAGAAAGACAAGCAAGAGCAGAGCCAAUCAGGACAAGAGGCCACUGGUUUGACCAAAGACAAACCAGGAGCGUCUGAUGAUGAAGGGCUGAAGGAUGAAGAUGAGUCAUCGUCUAAAGAGGAAAUUAAAAAUGAUGACAAGGAAAAACCAGAAAAGAAGCCAAAACACAAUCCUUUCAUGCCUCGGCCUCAGGCUGCAUCUGAUGAUGAGGGACUAAAAGACGAAGAAGAGUCUUCAAUUAAAGAGGAAAUUAAAAAAGAUGGGGACAAGGAGAAUAUGGACAAGCCCAAAGUCAAUAAACCAAAGAAGAACAAUCCUUUCAUGCCUCAGAUCAAGGCCAAAGUCAUUCAGAAGAACAGACCAGGCGGAGCUGCAGCAGAGAAUGAAGAAACCCAAAGGUCUUUAUUUGACAGGCUGGAGGAUUUCCGUAUGGAGCCCUCAAGGCCAGAUGAAGGCCAGGAUGUGGAGGAUCUCAUGGACUGGUGGAACAAUGUUGAAUCAUGGGAGGACACGCCUCAAGAUGACAACAUGACAAAAAAGGAAGAGGUCAAGGCCUUCGCUGUAACUGCAGAUAAGGUCCAGAAGGGAAUCCGAGUUUUCAACAAGCUGUUCUCCGAGCGAGCCGAGAGCCUCUGGCAGCACGUCAUCGACCUCAACACCAUCGCCGACGGCCUGGACAAAUUCAACAAGAAGACAAAGAUCGCACAGAUCACCGGCGGCUCCACCAGCGCCAUCGGCGGCGUCACCACCAUCACUGGCCUCGCCCUGGCUCCGUUCACCAUGGGAACCUCCCUGAUUGUCACAGCCGUCGGUUUAGGUGUCGCCACGGCCGGUGGGUUGACUUCGGCCGGGGCCGGCAUCUCCAACCAGGUCAACAACUCUUUGGACCGCAAGAAGGUGGAGAAGAUUGUCAAGGACUACCAGGAGAAGAUCGGCGACCUCAAUAAGUGCCUGAAGUUCAUCAAGCAGGGAAUAGAGAACCUGCGCAAGUUCGACCUGAUCAAGAUGAAGAAAAGUGCGUACAACCAGGACUUCCCCGCGCUCACCAGUCAGUUCUACGAGGACGGCGCCAUGGCGGGGAAGGCCAUCCUCAUCAACGCCAACGAGAUCAUGCGUGUGGUGCAGAUCGCCAACGUGGCGGGCAGCACGGCCGCCAGGGCGGUCCAGAUCGCCAGCAUGGCCACUGGGGUCCUCACGGGGCUCUUUGUCGGUAUGGACAUCUACUUCGUAGCUGAAGACUCUAAGGAGCUGAAGAAAGGGGCAAAAUCAGAGUUUGCAGCCAAAAUCAGGGAGGUGACCACACAGCUGCACGACGGGCUGGUGGAGCUGAACACCAUCUGGGAGGAGCUGCACAGCACCACACCAGAAGGCAACGCAGGCGGCAAAGAGGGCGAGAGCAAAAGAGACAAGUGAGAAACAUGAUGAGAGUUCAGAUGAGGAUGAGAUCGACCGGAUUUUAAAAAGCUAUAAAAAAGGACCUUGAGAACCGGGAAUAUGUCUGACUCCAACAGGCUAUUAUGGGAUGCUGCUUAUAAAUGUUACAGUAAGAAAUUAACAACAAUAUUUUUGGUUUAUUGAGCCUGUCAUAGAGGAAAAAAAAUCAGGGAUUCAUUUUUCAAAGUCAUAUUUUGUCAAUGUUAUUCUACAUUUAAAUAAUAUAGUUACAAACUAAAUAUUGAAUUAGGCUAAACACUUAGUUUACAAAUCAGAUGCCAAUUAAAUACUUAGUUAUCCAAACUGACAAAGUAUUUAGCUUGCUACUUAAAUAUUUAGUUAGUACUCUAGCCUGAUCUGCUAACUAAAUAUUCAAGUUGCUAGCUAAGUGUUUUAGUUAGCAGGCUAACUAAAUGGUAGCCUGCAAGAUAAAUAUUUUUUUAGCAGGUCAGGCUAGGAUGCUAGCUAAAUAUUUAGGUAGAAAGCUAAAUACUUAGUUUGGAAAUAUCUCUCUACCUAAAUAUUUAGCUGGCACGUUAGCCUGGUUUCUAAAAGAUUAUUUAGCUUGCUGACUAAAUAUUUUGGUCCAAGCUAAAUAUUUUGUUUGAAAAAUAAAUAUUUAGUUUAGAAAUUAAAAGUUUAGUUUGGAAAAUAAAUAUUCA